GCGGGGGGAGGCGGGGCCAGACCGGAUAGACCAGUGUGCCGCAUUCCUUUCCAACCUGGAGGCUUUUCUCAGGAACACAGAGAUCUUCUGUACACAUAUACACACAGGGAGAGAGGGGAAAGAACCAUGCCAGGAGGGCAACUCGGACAGUAGCUCUGACUCAGGUCUCUGUAUCUACACAUAUAGUAGGAGAGGAGUAUUGGAACCUUCCGGGCCAAAUUCAAAUAACUUGUUCCGUUGUUUUCCUGAGAAACUGAGAAUUUGUUUCUCCUUGAUUCCCAGGGAGAUUAUUCCGGGACAUGCUUCCUGCCUCUGAACAGUUUGACUUGACCGGGCACGUCAUUGGAAUUCUGCUCUACAAAACUGGAAGUUCUGGAACUCUGGAAAAUGCAGAGUAGAGGCUGUUUGUGAUUGAAGAAAGUUGUCUAUUCACAGCACAGCAAGGUUUUGUGUUGCCAAACGGGAUUACAGGAUAGCAGGGGUUAUAGCUGGAGCCCUCCUGGAGAGGGUAAGAAGAGCUAGGGGAUUUGUCCUCACAAAGGCCUUUUGUUCAUUGGAACCAGUAGAAGUGGACACAGUUUGGCAGGUUAGACAGCUGGAGGUGUAGAGAUGAGCCUUUUGUGACACUCUGAAUGGACACACUGUACUGGGGUAGCCUUUCUACCUGGCUGGCUGACUACAUUUUAGUAAUUUAGUAGACACUCUUAUCCAGAGCGACUUUAAAUACCUUGCGCAAGGGGCAAAUCAACAGAUUUUUCACCUAGUCGGCUCAGGGAAUCGAACCAGCAACCUUUUGGUUACUGGCCCAACGCUCUUAACGCUAGGCUACCUGCCGACCCAGAGUUCACUGCCCGAAGUACAUGCUACAGUGCAGUUAAGGGCUCUGUGAAAAUGGACAGUGUAAGUAAUAACUCUGAGGGUCAGGGGAAGCAGCAAUCCAAUUUGUUCCGCAAUAAGAAAUCCACUAUGUUUACACGUGGGGACAAGACUGAGCCUCAGAGGCUGGCGGGAGAGACUGCGGUGCUGACGGCUUUCAGGACCCUGUCUGAUGAAGAGAACGAUCUCACAGGGGUCAGUGAUCAAAGUGCCCUGGAUGUUAUCAGUGAUGUGAGGGGUAUGAGUGUGGUACUUCAUAACAGAGAGGCCACCUUCCUUUAUACUGAGGACAGGAUUGAAUCAUGGGAGAAUGAGUCCAGUAGCUUUGUGACCUCUCCUAACGCAGGCCAGGUGUCUGUUUCCACGGCCGACCCAGGUCUGGUCCAGGUUACAAUGGUGGAGAUCUGUAGCGACACAGAGAUGGAAGAUGAGGAGGGGAUCAGCAGCCUCAGCCAAUCGGACAAGCAUGACGCCCCUGGAAUGUUCUUCCCACCUGACAAUGACCAGUGGGCAGUGGCAGUGUUCGAUGAUAACAAGGGUCAGCUGCCACCCGUUGGCCCAGUGAGAGGUGCCAUUGAGACAGACUUAAAGCUGCCUGUGUUUAAGCCACAUAGUCUUGUGGAGGGAUCCCUCAAAGACACCUCUGUUCUGUACUCUGCGAGGUUUAUGGGCAGAUCUAACAGUGGGACAGAUCUUGGACUGCUCUCCUCUGUCUCCAAAACACAAGUGCCUGGAGACGGCUGCAGCACCGACCUCUACACUGAUCCCAGGCCUGUGGAGGUGGGUGUGGAUGCAGCAGCCAUGGGUACCAAGGGGUCCAGCCAUCAUCACCACAAAGUAGCCAAAGGCGUCAGCACCAGCCAGGAAGUAUUGGGCCUUACUGACAUGUGUGCUGGAGACAACUCUGCAGUGGCUUCACUUCUUAACUUGUCUCGUACCUCUGAACCACAGAAAUCAGAGCAUGCAGCAGAUGACACUGCCUUGCAGUCAGGACAGCCAGAGGACCAAGAUUCUGGACAGAGGAGGGAGAUUUUGGGGGAAAACACUGGAACUGAGGAGCAUAAAGAUCAUGUCCACUGCCUGGACUCCCCCUCCACCCUCUCUGAGUCAAAGCCACCUGAAGCAGCAGAGACAUCUUCUCGUAGCCUGGAGAAGCAGCCUGACACUGAAGUAAGAAAAGGUAUUUUAAGGACUGGUCUGGCCGUGUCGCGUGUUCCUGGAGAGUCCCCAACUGACAGCCAGCCAAGUGCCACUCCUGUCUCUGUCUCACCCAGGGGCCAAGGCGACAUGCCUGUCAAAAGGAGGCCUGACACAGACUCACCCUCCGCCUCCCCCUCCAGUGGAACAGUCUCCUCCCAUGCCCCCUCCUUCCAGCUGCCUGCCCUGUUCAGUGGACUGCGGGUUCUGAAGAAAGGGGCUGUGGGGGAGGAGAGGGAGACCGUGUCUGAGAUCAAACAGAGAGAUGCUGACCUGGCCCUUCUGAGCCUGAAGAAGACCGUCAACAAAGCCAAUAACUUCCCUGAGCAGAUCACCUCCAGUAGCCGCACCCCCAAAAAACGUCCCGAGCCCAAACAUGUGUCUGAGACCAAGGGUCAUCUCCUGGGGCAGCUCAACCAGCUGCUCAACCUUGACGGGACCAAGGCCGAGGACAAGCCGGACCCACUGCUAGAGCUCAGAGACAGGGAGCCUGAGAGGGGGGAGGAGGGGGCGACAGACCAGGGUCCAGAGCUGAUCCCCACCACCCCACCAGCAGACAACAGGAAAGCCUCAGACACAACAUUAAACACUUUUAAGAGUCUCUUCAGCUCCAAACCUGCUAAAAGGGAUACAGCGGAUCCUGUGGAUUUAGAGGCUGUCAAGAAAAAAAAUAAAAGUGAGAAGGAGCUGCUGAAAUCCAUCUUUGAGAGAACCUCCAAGUCUCCCAGCAGUGAGCAAAAAUGUCCAGCGGAGUCUAAAUCUGAGAUCACCUCCCCUACAGACAGUGAGGACCGGACCCCCGGGCGGCUCCAGGCCAUCUGGCCCCCGCCCAAGCCCAAGGAUGAGGAGGAGAAGGUGGGGCUCAGGUACACCGAGGCAGAGCACCAGGCUGCCCUCUUACAGCUGAAGAGAGAAUGCAAAGAGGAGGUGGAGAAAGUACAUGCAGACUUUGAGCUCCAGAUCUUCCAGGUGCGAGGGGAGCAUGCUGUCGCCAUGUCCCAUCUGGAGGGAGUCAUCUGCAUGAUGCAGACAGACCGUCAACAGGCCUUCAGCCUGGGCCACGAGAGGGGCGAGCUCCGUGAGGCCUGCGUGUCCACCGAGGACGACCUGCCUCCCAAAACUUUUCGGAAUGUCUGCAUCCAGACAGACAGGGAGACCUUCCUCAGGACCCCCGAGGGUGAGGCCAGCCGGUCCGGUCUCAGCCCCAGCCAGAACGUGCCUAAGAAACUCAACCUGAGUCUGCAUGGAGGAGCAUCAGGACUCCCCGGCCCAGCUCCCCCGCCCCCUCCUCCCCUCCCUGGCCAAUCAGGACCGCCUCCACCUCCUCCUCCUCCACCUCCACCUCCCCCUCCCCCGUUACCUGGCAACAUGGGGCCACCGCCUCCACCCCUCUCCAGGUUUUGGUCCCCCCUUUCCCCUCCCCCUCCUCCGGGGUUACCUGGAGCUGGCCCUCCCCUUCCUCCCCCUCCACCUGGGUGUGGCCCACCCCCUCCUCCUGGGGGUGGAUUAUUUGGGUUUGGGUUCGGCCAGGCAGCAGAGAAGGCCCCAAGGAAACCUGCGUUGGAACCUGCUACUCCCAUGAAGCCUCUAUACUGGACGAGGAUACAGAUCCAAGACAAUAAUAAUAAUACACUGUGGGGUUCUCUGGAGGAGCCAGACAUCGUAGACACCAAGGAGUUUGAGGACCUGUUCUCCAAGGCCACUCUGCAGCCAAAGAAGAAGCCCCUUUCAGACACCUAUGAGAAGAAGGCCAAGACUAAGAAGAUUAUCAAGCUGCUGGAUGGGAAACGUUCCCAAGCAGUCGGCAUCCUCAUCUCAAGUCUACACCUUGAAAUGAAGGACAUUCAGAAAGCUGUUUUGAGUGUAGAUAACUCUGUGGUGGACUUGGAGACCAUCGAGGCUUUAUAUGAAAAUAGGGCCACGAAUGACGAGCUGGAGAAGAUAAGAACACACUAUGAGACGUCCAAGGAGGACGAGGUGAAGCUACUGGACAAGCCUGAACAGUUCUUGUAUGAACUCUCCCAGAUUCCAGACUUCUCUGGCCGGUCCCACUGCAUCAUAUUCCAGUCUGUAUUCCUUGACUGCAUAUCUUCCAUCCACCGCAAAGUAGAAAUAGUCUCCACCGUGAGCAAAGAUCUGCUGGACUGUAGAAGUGUGAAGGAUGUGAUGGGGCUGGUCCUAGCCUUUGGGAACUACAUGAAUGGAGGCAACAGGACACGGGGUCAGGCUGAUGGCUUUGGCCUGGAGAUCCUGCCCAAACUGAAGGACGUCAAGAGCAGGGACAAUCGUAUCAGUCUGGUGGAUUACGUAGUUGCAUACUAUCUGCGCAAUUUUGACGAGCACGCAGGAACAGACAAGAGUAUAUUCCCACUGCCUGAGCCACAGGAUUUCUUCUUGGCCGCUCAGGUCAAGUUUGAAGACCUCACAAAGGACAUGAGGAAGCUGGGGAGAGACCUGACUGUGUGUGAAAAGGCUGUUCAGAAGGUGUGUGCUAGCUCCUCUGAGAAGGACCUCCAGCCCUUCAAGGAGAAAAUGGAGGCCUUCGUCUCGACCGCUCAAAAGGACCACACUGCUGAGGAUGACAGGCUCAAUGCAGCACAGAAAAGCUUCCUGGACAUGGUGGGCUACUUUGGGCUCAAGCCAAAGUCUGGGGAGAAGGAGGUGGCCCCUGGUUACGUCUUCAUGCUCUGGUAUGAGUUCUGCAGCGACUUCAAGAACACGUGGAAGCGGGAGUGUAAGAACAUCUCCAAGGAGAGGCUGAAGGAAGCGCAGGAGAACAUGAAAAAGAUCACUGCUGAGAACAGGGUGGAAACCAAGAAGAUCAAUGCCAACAGUCUGAAAGAGAGACUGCGUCAGAAGGAAGCCAGCGUGUCCUCCAGCUGAAGAGGAUGACCAAUGAAGGACAGAGUGGAGAGAGGAAGUGGAGAGAGAUGGCAGAUGGGGAAAGUCUGCUGGCUUCACCACUUCUCGCCUUUACCACCUGCAUCUUACCCAACAUCAUACCUCAUUUAGCCCUCCGUGCCCCCACGCUGUGGACCUCUCUACUACGGCCCCAUUCUACCAUCCCUACUGACUGGACCAUCUCCACCGCUCUCCAUGGGGCACCCCUCUUUUACCUCAACCUCGUUCCCAGGUGAGAGGCACCUUGUGUGGCUUCCAUCACUGUGUAUCCCUAGGACCACCAUCCAGACCAACACUUACACCAUGGGAAAUAGGAACCUGUCUGCCUGACACCCUGCUGUAGAUAUGCCGACUGCUAAGUCUAUGUAGGCUGCUAAGUCUACACAGAGGGUCCAUGGCUGACUAAACAGCUUACAUGAUGAGAAUCACAGGGGUCAAAGGUCAACCUCAUUCAUCCACACUGGUGUGACCUCUGAAUGGCCAGCCUGUAGAGCCUGCUCUGAGGGGUGCUGGAGGUCAGGAUAAUGAGCACUGCAGCUGACAUAUCUACAAUGCUGACCCCUGACCGCUAGGCUUCCUAGGCCUGCUGGAGCUGAGGACCUACAUUCAUUCCUCAGUCUGGGUUUCUUUAAGGACAGCAUCACACAUCCUGAUGACAUAAUCCAAUGCAUUGUAGCUAGGUUAUACAAAUACAAUAAAUACAUCAAAAAUAAAGAGGAGGCCUCAUUGUUGUUGGGCUAUGUUAACAGAUAUGGCUACCAGGUGAUGUUCAUGCAGAGAAACUAUUACGAUUGAAUGAGUAAGACAUUCAGGAGUUGUUAUUCUAACAAUGAUUCAGAAUAUGAAAGCAAUAUACAAUACUAUCAUGUAAAGAAUAGCUAUUCGUCUGCUGUGGCCCAUUUUUGAAGUGUGUCUUGUAAAUGCAUUUCAUAUGGUGUUUGUUUUCAUAUGAGCAGAGACUGAAACGUUUGACCUGAUGUAUUACGAAGAGAAUCAGUAGUCUUUAUUGGACGGAGAGUCCUGUUGAAGGCAUAGCGAUAUGGGUCCUGGUCAGAAGGUGGAAACUGGAUGUAACGGUGUUAACUUUCUCACUGCACCAGACUGACCCCUCCUGGGUGAUAGCCAGAGAAUGCCAGACCUUGGCAGCAAUGCCUUGCUCUCAUCCCCCGAGUCAGACAUCACGCUCUGAGAUGAACAAACAACCCUGCUAUAAGCUACGCUGAGAAAAGCAACAGGUCUUCUGAGUAUGGCUGCCCUGACACAUUUUUUAAGUGUAUAUGAUAGAAUCGUUAGUUGUUCCCAAUGAAUGUCGUUCAUGACAUAUGUAUGUCACAAUUCUAAGCACUUUCCUUCUUGCAUCAGCUGUAUUUAGUAGCUAAGCUACAUCCCCUGUUAUUCUCAGAAUGGUACUUAAUCAAAUGUAUUGCACUUUUUUACACCUCAGUUUAAACUCCUAUGCAAUUCUAUGGCUUGCGUGCUAUGAUAAGAACAUUUAUGAAUUAAUGUUGCAAUAAAAAUUGCAUCAUCCAUUUUGAGUUUUUAGAGAAAACCAUAUUAUAUUUAUUUAACAAAAUAUUUGUAAUUUAACUCUGGAAGAUUUAAACGUUGUCUUGGGAAACUAUAAAUGAUAGGGGAAACUAUAAAUGAUAUGAAAGAUUUAUUUUAUGCCAAAACAUGAACUGUUUUCUCUUUGAGGCUGUAUUUUUGUGUAUUAUUUGAUUCCUACCCUUAGCUUGAGGAGGAUACAUGAAUGGCUCAAUAGUCAGGUGAAAAAUGUGUUUAGUUUCAUUUGGAUGUGACAUAUUAUGUAGAGCCUUAUUCAUUUACCCCAAAUUAUCUUGUUUCAUACCUGAUCCAAACUGAUAGGGAGAGUAUAAUUUGGCUAAAUAUAUUGCCUUUUGAUUUAUUUAAAUCAAGAACAUUUUUACUUUGUUUAAAAAUAGAAACGAUUACUCAUAUCAAGCCAUGUGUAUACUUUACCCCUGUCAGAACCUAUUGAGUGUAAAAAAUAACAUCGUUGUUUCAUAAUCA